AUAUGAUAAUCCUGUGAAAGCCAAAACGAGCGAUCCCAAUUGUGUGCGAGAGAGACUACUCACAAAAGUACCAUGUGCAUUAACACUUUUAAGAUUGGCUAUCAAUACCACCAUCCACUGACGUUACCUACUUUCCACCCUUGAUUUCGUGCUUUGGCGGUGGUUCAUUUGACUCCAAAACAGGGUUAAAUGGGAGCUAAGAAUAUCAGGUGAUGGUGUGAGCUCUCUGCUGUCAUGAGUACUCUGUUUGCCUGUGAGGACCCAGCCACAAUGAGCAGUGUGUAUGGGAAAUACUGGGAUGUAGUGGAGGCCAAGGCCAAAGGCAAGAAACCUGGAAAGUUGCUGGACCUUGACAAGUGGUAUCAAGAGGAGCUGCCUACACUCAUUUCAAGUCGACCUGACAAACAUGUCACUCUGUCAGAGCUGGUGAAACUGAUGGAGUGGAAGCUCACUAGAGGGAAAUUCAGGCCGAGGCUGCAGCAGCUGGUGGCUUCCAACAGCGAGGACACUGUGGAGAAAUGUUCCAGAAAGGCCUUCAGCCUGCUGCCUGAUGUGCAGGCAGCGAUCGCAGAGCUCAGCACCAUGAAAGGAGUCGGACCAGCCACCGCUUCAGCUGUGUUGGCGGCAGGAGCUCCAGAACAGACUGCUUUCAUGUCUGAUGAAGCCAUGGAGAGUGUACCGGGACUAAAGCCCAUCCAGUACACAGCCAAGCACUACGCUCUCUACCUGGGUAAAAUGGUUGAGUGGACUCAAAAACUAAACAAAGUGGAUCCCCAACAGGACUGGACGCCCCACAGGCUGGAGCUGUGUUUGUGGGCGAUGACCAUAGCCAAACAGCAGCAGCUCCCACUUCUAAGGGAUGUUGUUGUGAAGGCCAGCAGUGUGGCGGACAAGUGCUCAGACGCUGACCAGAGACCAGCAAAGAAGCUCAAAACAAGAUAAAAA